CCGUUUUAUCCCGGUGUUUACACCAAUGUCGCAGAUCUUCGCUGGUGGAUAAAAUGGAAGAGCGAAAGCAAGUUUUACGUUGGUGACAAAAUCUUUUUAUACAAGAGCCGUUAGUCAUGAUUAAUCAGUGCAGAAAGAUGUCCAAGAAUUUUAUCUUAUUCGUCUGCAUCUUUCUGAUGUAUACCGUUAAUACCGAAAGCCAUCAAUAUGUGGACAUCGAGGAUUACCCAUACCACGUAUCGAUCCAAAUAGCCGGACGACACGUCUGCAGCGGCGCAUUCAUACACGAAUCGUGGAUUAUGACUGCGGCAUCCUGCGUUUUCAGAGCGGAAUUGUCGGCAGUAUCCGUACGCGUUCGUUCCUCUUAUAUUUGCACACUAUGUGGCAAUGUCUUAGGAAUAAGCAAUAUUGUAAUUCAUGAAAAAUUCGAUAAGUAUGUAUACUUCAACGAUAUAGCAUUGAUAAAGCUAAAGAGUCCCGCAGAGUUUGGAGAAAAGUUACUUCCUAUCGGACUCCCAGAGAAGGAAAAUGAACAAGUCCAGGAUGGAACACGCUGUGUUGUAACUGGCUGGAAACCGGAGCUUAACCCGGCCAGGCCUCAGCUCACAGCGGCCGCUGUGGCCGUCAUAAAUCAACGUACGUGCAAAGAGAGAAUGCCGAGCUACAAGCCGCUGUCCAAGGAGAUGCUGUGCGCCGUUAACGCGACCCGCCCGUCGGAAACGUGUCAGGGUGAUCUAGGCGCGCCUCUAGUAUCGGAGCAAACGCUGAUUGGCAUUCUAUCCUACGGAUUAGGAUGCGAAACCAGGACACAUCCGGGACUCUACACCCGUAUCAGCAGCUACUUAUCUUGGAUCUUUGUGAACUCCGGUAUCUAUUAGUAAAGCUUACUAAGGCAACAUGUAAAAUCAUUACACCUAAUCCCAAUUAAUGAUACACAAAUUAUAAUGUCGUUUAUAUAAGAGAUUAUAAUGUCAAUCAAUAAAUCGAUUUCUGCAAAUUA